AUGAAACAUACAGUUCAAGGCUAGAUACCAAAAAGCUCCUCAAGAACAAUGACUUCUCCAGUGCUCAAAAUUUUGAUGGUUCUGCUUCUUUUGACCCUAUCUUUGCAAGCAUUUGGACAAUUUGAGGAAUGGUGCAUAGCAGAUGAGCAGACCCCAGAUGAUGAGCUGCAGAGGGCCAUGGAUUGGGCUUGUGGAAAGGGUGGAGCAGAUUGCAGCAAGAUAAAAGUGAACCAACCCUGUUACCUUCCAAAUACUGUGAGGGACCAUGCCUCUUAUGCCUUCAACAGUUACUAUCAGAAGUUCAAGCACAAAGGAGCCUCUUGCUAUUUCAAUUCUGCUGCAAUCACCACCGAUCUUGACCCGAGUCAUGGCUCAUGCAAGUAUGAGUUUCUUCCUUGA